CUGCCCAUGUAUGGACAGCGCUGGAGCCACGUCCCCCGCCCGGCGCUGGGACGCCGCCGUCGCCGAGGAGAGAUGAACGGGACCAGCUUCCGCUUCCUGCUCAACAUGGAGGAAAAUGUCAGCUCGGCUCGGCGGCGGUGUUAGAUUUCCCUUCGCCAUGCAAUUAUUUCGCCUGCCUAUCUCUCCCAACGAGGCACUUGGGUAGCGGACGGCCUUUAACUGCGAGCGUGUAAUAAUGCGUCGUGCGAAACACGGCUCAAGCAAGCAGCACUGGGAAAAAAGCAGCACGAUCGGCGAUCCGCAAACAAGGUUAUGCCUCUGGACGUGCAUUUAAACAUUAAAUAGCCGAUCGGGUCUGUUAGCGGAAAAUUAAGCCCCUGCUCCUUCCACUGCUAGCGGUCUCCUUUCUGCCGAUAUAGAGGCGGGUGAUUGCGGUUUGAAAGAUUUGCAUUAGAAAUGGAUAAAGAGGAAUCGGAGCGGCUGAUAGAGAAGGCGAAGCAGUGUCUCCGCUUCGGGCGCAGGGACCGGGCGCUUCAGCUGCUCUAUGAAGCGCAGAGGGUCUACCCCAGCACCCGGGCGAGAGUUUUAAUUGACGCGGUCCUGAGGGAUGAGGGUGGCCCCACUGAGGAGGUCCACGCUCACGAUGCUCGUGGGUGGAGCUCGAGGGAGGAGGAUAGCAGCAGGGGAAGCGAGGAGAAGUUCAACGAGGACCAGCGUCAGGGGGUCCUCAGGAUAAAGAAAUGCAAGGACUUCUACGAGAUCCUCGGCGUGACCAAGGACGCCAGCGAUGAGGACCUGAAAAAAGCCUACAGGAAGCUGGCACUCAAGUUCCACCCGGACAAAAACUUUGCUCCUGGAGCCACAGACGCUUUCAAAGCCAUAGGGAAUGCGUACGCGGUCCUGAGCAACCCAGACAAGCGGAGGCAGUACGACCUGUGCAAUGAGGCGCCAUCAGCCGAGAGCCCCCGGCACCAGGCGGCCCACCCUGCCCCCGGACCCCACCGCAACUUCACCCGAGACUUCAAGGCGGACAUUUCACCCGAGGAGCUCUUCAACGCCUUCUUUGCGGGCCGGUUUCCCACAGGAAACGUCCACGUGUACACAAACAGGGGAGCCACCUACAGCCACUACUACCAGCCGCGUCGCCGGCGCGCUCAGGAGAGACGUGAGGAGGAAGCGGAAGACAACCGCAGCCAGAACACCUUCACAGCCUUCCUGCAGCUGCUCCCCGUCCUCGUGCUGAUCCUCAUCUCCGUCUUCACCCAGCUCAUGGCCACCAACCCCCCCUACAGUCUCUUCUACAAACCGUCCAUGGGCCUGGUGGUUUCCAGGGAGACGCAACACAUGGGUGUCACGUACUAUGUGGACAAGGGCUUCCAGAAGGAGUACAAAGGGGCUUCUCUGCUGGAGCUUGAGAAGUCCGUGGAGAACGAUUACAUGGAGCAUCUGCAGAGCAGCUGCUGGAAGGAGAAACAGCAGAAGUCGGACUUGGCCAACCUGGCCCAGCUGUACCGGGACGAGAGGCUGAAGCAGAAGGCAGAGAUGAUGAAGAUGGACAACUGUGAGAAGCUGUCCCGCAUAAUCGAGCGACAAAGGGGUGAAUGAGAAAUGGCCCCCACACCCCAAAUCUCCCCUGAGUGUCCGGCUAGCGGCAGCCGUGAUCUCUGAUCCUUAUUUCAGUUCCUUCUUGUUUAUCGUUAACCGCUCACGUUAUGCUACGACGACUGCGGACUUUCCAAGCAGUCCAAAUUUAUCUUCUCACCGAGCGGAAAAACAACAGCAUGUGAAUACGGGCGCAACGCUUUCUCAGCCCUGAGAUUUGCUAGUUUUAUCUCCAGAGCAUGACUGGAGGAGACAAACAGUACCUUCAUUUAGGGCUCCUAGAAGCUUGUCCAUUUCCUUACAUUAAGGAGUAGUGUCACUAAACGGGGGCAAGUUCACAUCAUAAACCCCUCCCCUACCCGCAGCGUCUUCUCUUCGUAACUUAUUGUAGUGUUUCCAGAAUCCGUUUUAUUUCUCCGAGUCGUGCGUGAGACUGGUUUGUUGUGCAAGCUAGCUAUUUUAUUCUAUUUAUGGACUGAGUGACAGCUUGUAUCCUGGCAGGAAUACGAUGCAGAGACACGAAGGAUCCAGGCCGGUGCAAUACGAGCUUUCUGGGGGAAUUUUAACUUCAGGACAACACGCAUUUAGCCAACAACUCAGAUACCUGUAUGCUGGUCCUAAACGUUCAGGAAUGUGAGGGGAUGGGUACUUUAAGGAAAUAUUAGGGAACCUUCACAUUAAGGUUCAUGAAGGCUCUGAGGUAUUAUAAAUUUGCACAUUUGGGGGGUUAAAAUACCAAUCAGACAUCUUGUAGCUGUGUGGUCAGGAAUUAGAUUCCAUACUCUUACUUGCAUUUAUGAUAAUAUAUGAUUUAUGAUAAAAUCCUGAGUUCUCUGAUCUCUUUGAGGAGGAGGGUGGUCCCUGUUGCUCCCCCCAUACACACCCCCCCCCCCCCCCCCCCCCCCGUCUGUCCAUCCCAGAUGCAUGUGGGAUGCUCCGAUCUCCAGCCCAUCCCCCGUACCCCUAAGCUCACAGCGUCGCAGUGUGGCGUUUGGACAGCCUGUCGGCAUCCGUCGGAUUGUUACAUUGAGUUGAAGUUGUGCUUUUGGACUUGAAGUGGACUUGGAUCCCUGGGUGUGUGCCCCGAUCGCUGUAUUUUUUGGGGACACGCUCGUCAGUCGCGUGACUUUGUGCCGUUUUAAUAAAGCUGGAGACCCGAA